AUGGGAGAUAGAGAUUGGAGACCAUUUAUUUACGGCGGCUUGGCCUCGAUCGUGGCAGAGUUUGGUACAUUUCCAAUUGAUACAACAAAGACCCGCCUUCAAAUCCAGGGUCAAAAGAUAGAUCCACGUCAUGUGGAGCUACGCUACACUGGCAUGGUGGAUUGCUUUGUGAAGACAUCUAAGCAGGAAGGCAUCAAGGCAUUGUAUUGUGGAAUAUGGCCGGCUGUCCUCCGCCAAGCGACGUACGGUACGAUAAAAUUCGGCACAUAUUAUUCACUCAAGAAUGUAUUGGCUGCGAGACGAGAAGAUGGUGGCACCAAGGAGCACUUAGCCACGAAUACAUUCUGCGCGGCUUUCGCCGGCGGACUCUCGAGCGCCAUUGCGAACCCAACUGAUGUUCUGAAAGUCCGGAUGCAGGUCGGGGACGAGAAACGCAACCUGGUGCGUUGUUUCGCGGAGAUCUACCGCGUGGAGGGGCUGCGCGGGCUGUGGCGCGGCGUGGGCCCCACGGCGCAGCGCGCAGCGCUCAUCGCGGCCGUCGAGCUGCCCGUGUACGACUCCUGCAAGCGCGCGCUGCUGCCCGCACUGGGCGACGCGCCGCUCAACCACUUCGCCUCCAGCCUGCUGGCCAGCCUCGGCAGCGCCGUCGCCAGCACGCCGCUCGACGUCAUACGGACGCGACUAAUGAAUCAAAGAAAGCUGAAAAAUACAACCGAGCCAAUGCAGAGGAUAUACAAAGGGACUAUAGAUUGUUUCUUGCAAACUGUUCGCAAUGAAGGUUUCCUCGCACUGUACAAAGAUAGGAAGCUUUUAAGAUUCCAUUAUAAUGGAAGGGAGCUCUUAAGGGAACACCAGAAUUUCACUUAUUAA